AUGCUUCCGUUGCCCAUGCCACCAAGCGACCUCGCUAUGUCGCCCGCCAUCACGAACCAACGUGAAAAGACCCCCCUCUCUGGCGGCUUGCUCAGCCGUCAUUUCCCAAGUUACCUUUCAGGUACUUCCGACGUUGGUCAGGGCAGUCUUCGGGCCGUCCAGUACAACGACGACGACAUCCACGGGGUCAUCCUGACCGACAGACGCCAUGUCGGCGCCAACGCCAAGCCCAACGACCACCAUGUCGGCGCCGCCACUCUGACCAACCACCACCAUGUCGUCACCGUCACCCCGUCCAACGACCACCAUGUCGCCGCCGCCACUCGGACCAACCACCAUCAUGUCGCCGCCGCCACCCUGCCCAACGACCACCAUGUCGGCGCCGCCACUCGGACCAACCACCACCAUGUCGGCGUCGCCACCGAUCCCAACGUCCACCACGCAAUCGUCGCCACGUUGCCCAACGCCCACAAAGUCGGCGUCAACGCCGAGCCCAACGACCAGCAUGUCGGCGCCGCCACCCAUCCCAACUUCCACCACGCAAUCGUCGCCACGUUGCCCAACGCCCACAUAAUCGGCGUCAACGCCGAGCCCAACGAUUACCAUGUCGCCGCCGCCACCAUGCCCAACGACCACCAU